CCCCAUCGCAGCAGCUCGCGUCCGCUCGCGAGCCUAUUGCUGAGUUAGUGUUUCGUACCUUUGCUCCGCUCUGCUCUCUUCUGCUCUGUCCUGCUCUGCCUUACCCUGCCCUUCUUUUUUCACUCCCAAUGUCCACUGCUGCGUGACUGAGUGCUCCCCGUCCUCCGAUCGUGUGGUGUCUCUUGUUCUUUGAGACUCCGAGGCCUUGACUACCAUGUCUCGUACUUCGACCCGAUCAAAAACCAACACCGAAUGGACGGUCGACUUCGACACCGCCAGACGGCAGCGGCUGUUCACAAACCCGCCCAAGGAUAAGACCGCGUAUCCCAUGCUCGCCGCGACGGUCGAUCCGCACAUCAAGUCGUUCAACAAGAUCUUUGCCCCCGGCGGUAUCAUCGAGGAGGGCAUCAAGGAAAUUGGGACCAAGACUUUUCUCGAUGGCAAUCCGCAGCUGGAGCCAGGGAAGGCGCCGUUACGGAAUAAAUUAUACGUUCGAAUCAGCCAGGUCUUCUUACAGAAGCCGACUUUGCCUGCUUCUAACAAGAACAACGUGUGGAGGCGAGAAGUUUUACCUCGAGAGUGCCGUGAACGGCACUCGACGUACAAAGGUAGAUUGACCGCGAGGAUAGAAUACAAGAUCAACAAUGGCGAGUGGAUCCAGAUGGAACGAGAACUAGGCAGUGUGCCCAUCAUGCUGAGAUCCAAUCGUUGCCAUCUCGAAGGCAUGUCUCCGGCAGAACUGAUCCAGGCAAAGGAAGAAAGCGAGGAGCUUGGUGGAUACUUCAUCAUCAACGGCAACGAGAAGUUGAUACGGAUGCUGAUUACAGGAAAGCGCAACUUCCCCAUGGCAAUCAUCCGACCCUCCUUCACGAACCGGGGCACGUCCUACACUAAGUUUGGCAUCCAGCUUCGCUCCGUCCGCCCAGAUCAAACGUCUCAAACAAACGUCUUGCAUUAUCUCAGCGACGGCAAUGUUACCUUCCGGUUCUCAUGGAGGAAAAACGAGUAUCUGGUGCCCGUAGUUAUGAUAUUGAAGGCAUUGAUCGAAACCAAUGAUCGCGAAAUCUUUGAGGGCCUGGUCGGCUCGGCCGGCUCAAAAGGCUUAAGCCAGAAACAGUUUGUCAUGGAUCGUGUUGAGUUGCUCUUGCGAACUUACAAAGCGUACGGUUUACAUGGGAAGGCCAAGACACGGUCUUAUCUCGGCAGCAAAUUUAGAGUGGUGCUGGGACUUGCAGAAGAUGCCACAGACUACGAAGCGGGAACCGAGUUCCUGCGGAAGGUUGUUUUGCCUCAUCUCGGCUGCGUAAAUGUCACCCCAAGCCAAGAUUUCGACAAGUUUAAUAUGCUCUUGUUCAUGAUCCGAAAACUUUAUGCUCUUGUCGAAGGUGAAUGCGCCGUUGACAAUCCCGAUGCUGUCUCGAACCAGGAGGUACUGUUGGGCGGUUUCCUGUACGGUAUGAUCAUAAAAGAGAAACUAGAUGACUGGCUACAGUCGAUGCGGAGAGCCCUGGCUGACUGGGGACGAAACAACGGCUACCAACCUUUCACGUCGUCUCAGUUUCAGAAAGACUUCAGUUCAAGGAUAUUCAAGAGUAUGACUGGAGAGAACAUUGGACAGCUGAUGGACUAUUUCAUGUCUACAGGAAAUCUGAACAGCACUAGCGGCUUGGAUAUCCAACAAACGUCCGGGUUCACAGUCGUGGCGGAGAAGAUCAACUUUUAUCGUUUUAUCAGUCAUUUUCGAAUGAUUCAUCGAGGUAGCUUCUUCCAAGAGCUCAGAACAACGACCGUGCGAAAGCUGCUUCCUGAGAGUUGGGGUUUCUUAUGUCCUGUCCACACGCCCGAUGGCGGUCCUUGUGGCCUCCUCAACCAUCUUGCCCACCAAUGUCUGAUCGCGGUGGACUCUCUUGAUACGACGACAAUACCCGAACUAGUGUCUCAAAUGGGUGCCGUACCGAACGGCACAGCUUUGUUGACGGACAGCAUCGUAGUCCAGCUGGAUGGUCGCAUUCUUGGUUUCUGUACACCGAAGCAAGCCCAGACUAUACAUGAUUCCCUACGGCACUGGAAAGUAGAAGGUUCGCAUGGAGUGCCCGUCGAAUUGGAGAUUGGCUUCGUACCGAAUUCCAACGGUGGGCAGUACCCUGGCAUCUACAUGGCCUCACAGCCAGCACGUUUUUAUAGGCCGGUCCGCUAUCUUCCUCUUGAGAAAACUGACUACGUUGGUCCGUUCGAACAACCGUUCAUGUCAAUCGCCUGUACUGAACCGGAAAUCAUAUCCGGUGAAUCUACACACGUUGAGAUUAAUCCUACCAACAUAUUCUCCAUUGUUGCAAAUCAAACGCCGUUUUCUGAUUUCAAUCAGUCACCAAGAAAUAUGUACCAAUGUCAGAUGGGUAAACAAUCCAUGGGUACACCUGGAACAGCCAUUCGGCACCGAACAGAUAACAAGACAUAUCGUCUUCAAACUGGACAAACACCAAUCGUACGGCCUCCAUUACACAAUGCAUACGGACUUGAUAACUUCCCUAACGGAAUGAAUGCUGUGGUUGCAGUUAUAUCCUACACAGGUUAUGAUAUGGAUGAUGCUAUGAUAAUAAACAAGUCCGCUCACGAAAGAGGCUUUGGUCAUGGCACGAUUUACAAGACAAAGAUUUUGAACCUUCAAGAGGGAUCAUCCGCAAGAGCCCAAGCAGCCAGAAUAACAAGCAUGUUUGGUUUUGCCCCUGGCGGCCUCCAGAGAUCUGACUGGAAGUUGAAAAUCGAUGACGAUGGCCUGCCAGCUAUUGGACAGCUGCUCAGAAAGGGAGAUGUCUUUGCCGUAUCACACAGCGUGAUGCAUGAUGCCGCAACUAAUUCGUACGUCAACCGAGAUGGCGUCUCGAUCGCGCACCGAUACAAAGAUGACGAAGAUGCGUUCGUUGAGGAAGUGCGUUUGAUUGGUACAGAGGAUGGAAACAAGCCUUUGCAGGCCGUCAGCAUUAAACUUCGUAUUCCUCGUUCCCCAGUUAUUGGUGAUAAAUUCUCUUCGCGACACGGACAAAAGGGUGUUUGCUCACAGAAGUGGCCGUCGGUUGAUAUGCCAUUUACAGAAUCCGGCAUCCAACCUGACGUCAUUAUCAACCCUCACGCAUUUCCGUCUCGUAUGACGAUAGGCAUGUUUGUGGAGUCACUCGCCGGCAAGGCUGGAGCUUUGCAUGGUCUGGCCCAGGAUUGCACUCCAUUCACAUUUGAUGAGAAUGACACUGCCGUUGAUUAUUUUGGACAUCAAUUGAAAAAGGCGGGCUACAACUAUUACGGUAACGAGCCUAUGUACUCUGGCAUCACCGGGACUGAGCUUGCAGCGGAUAUCUACAUCGGCGUCGUGUACUACCAGCGUCUGCGCCACAUGGUCAACGACAAGUAUCAGGUGCGAACGACUGGUCAGAACAACCGCCUUACAGGCCAGCCAAUUAAGGGGAGAAAGAAGGGUGGUGGUAUCCGCGUGGGAGAAAUGGAGCGUGAUGCAUUGUUGGCACACGGUACUGCAUAUCUCUUGCAAGAUCGAUUAUUUAACUGCAGCGACCAUACCAAAGCGUGGAUAUGCAAAACAUGUGGAAGCUUUUUAUCUCCGAUGCCUGUAAUGCCCGGCGGUGCCCGAAGAAGAGGACCCAGAGGGUUGCAGAUGGCAAGAUGCAGGACUUGUGCAAAACCCGCGCAGGGUUUUGAGCCAAAAAGUGAAGUGUGGGAGGACGGUACAGGCGCAUCAUACGUCGGAGGUAAAGACGUGGUCGUGGUGAGCACACCUGGUGUCUUGAUGUACCUGAAUUCGGAACUGGCUUCGAUGGGAAUCAAGAUGAAAUUCAAGGUCAAAUCGUAGGGAGCGGAGCAUGAAGCAGCGCGAUAGGACAGAAAGGACGAGAUAUUAGGCAAGUUCACAACGACUAGCGACUAUGAUGCUGUCAAAAUGGGGCCAGACAGCGCGCUUCGAAACAUAGGGCCUGCACCAUCAUCUGUAGAGGGGAAGCGGUUGCGUUGCAACGCCGCUCAGAGCAUCUUGAAAGCUUAACCUCCUAGGACAGAACUCGUAAUUCUCUGAAUAAAUAAGGAACCAGUUUGGCUGCACGUGAUUUGAUUUUCAUCUGGU